AGGUACUGUAGUUGUGGUUAUAGUUGUGAGUAUUACGGUUCCGGUAUAUAACUUCCCGAUAACAUGGAGAGGAUGAUCCUAGUUGUGAUGGUGAUUAUCACCAUGGUGAUGAAGAGUGUUUAUAGCACGUGUGUUCCGCCACCCUCUAAUGUUUUGGAUACGCACGGAGUUGAUACCAUUGUGUAUGGAACUGUUGUGUCUGUAACUAGUUCUAGAAGGAGCCACGUAUCGACCAUAAAAUUCUCAGUUUCUUGCAGAUUCAAAUACUCACACCAUGUCAGAGAUGUCAUUACUAUCCGCGCUGUAGCAAUGAAUAAUGCGUGUAAGAGAGACCUAACAACAGGAGCCGAGUUGGUCUUUUAUCUGUCAGAUAGUCGGGAUCCAUCUCAAUACAAUUCCGUCGUGUUUCCUCAGCCAGAAGUCGACAGUUUUGCUAGCAUUAACGAAGUUGACAUCCUCCGACUCCGACAAUACUCCUACGCUUCCGGCAGCCUCCCCAAGGGAGAUUACUGCCCCGAGGACUGUGUAACUGGCAGUUCUUGGAGCGGAUGGAGCGACUGUUCAGAAGAUUGUGGAAGUGGCUUCAUUCAGAGGCAUCUCGAGAUCAGCGAAAACAAACUCAAAGGCAAAGUACGCUGCCCGGCAGUUACAGAGACAGCACACUGCUACCUCAAACCCUGUGGCGACCCUUAUAACCUUAAUAACAACGUUAAUAAAUGGACGGAGACGUACAUGAUAAUAGGAAGCUGCCAAACGACCCAACCUGUCCGGUACCUCCUGUGCACAGAGCUCUGUGAGAUGGGAUACUCCAACAAGCCCACCGAUGUGGAUAUCCGACCUGAGAGGGUUAUCUGCGGGGACCAGAUCAAGUUCAAGGCAGUUUCCGUUACGCUGGAGUGUGGGUGUUUGAAGGACGGAGAUGUUACCAGUGACCCUUUAGCUUCUCUCUUUGACGGAUGAGAGUAGUGUCAGAAUAACAGUUUUUGUAUCAGAUGUGUUUAGCGUAGAACGUUCUCAGCUUCGAGAUACUAUCUCAGAUACUAUCUCAGAUAGCUAUAGGCAGAUGUGCAAUACACGUGCAAUGCACGUGUAUUGCACAUUGUGCAUAGGAGAGAGAUAACGACGAACAUGAGCUAUAUACAGAGAGUGAUAGCUUAGUUAAACAGAUAGCUUUAAGAAAUAAGAGCUCUUUUUAGGGCCCUCCAGACUAACUUAUUGAUCAUUGAUUAGAUGGUCAGAUAAUUAUUAUGAUUUUAUGAUAGAUAGUAAUGAUUACUUAUAAAUACUAUUAGUGUUUAUAUCUUAAAUAAUAGGCUAGCAAUACAUUUUAUAAGGUCUCCUGCUGUGCCGUAGUUUUCCGUCCCACUAAUGAAUUUAUGGUGGGGCGCCCUGUAUCUUAACUGAUCAUAGCCAAUUAUUUGUAUUAUUAUAAUUAAAUUCAAAUGUAGGUUCGUGCAACUCCUUAGCUUUGAUUUUGGCGCCCAUUUGAUCAUUCAAUUUUAUGAUUUUAAUUUUAUCAUUCUUGUUUUAACACAGAGAUUGUGUACGGAGAAAAUUUGAUAGAGAACAAUUUGAUAAAUACUUUAACUUGAAGAUUAAUUCAAAAUUCAAAACUUUGAGGAAGUUAUACCACAAUUUAUUCUUUAUUCUGACCCCUGCAAUUAUGUUUAACAAUUGCAAUUUUACUAGUUAUUUUAUUAUAGCAAUAGCUUUAGCUUUAGCAUUAGCUUAUUUCUGCUGUAAACGUUAAUUUAUAUUUACAGUUUCACUGCAAAGAAUUUAAUGAUAAAUUGUUUAAACCCUUAUGCUAUUUAUUUAUUUAUUGAAUGUCGAUUGAAUUUAUGACUUCCGUUUGUUCAAAACUUCUGUUACUGCUGAAUUCAUCAUUUUAAAAUGUCU